CCAGUCGCCAUGCUCUCGCGCCAUGAACAGCCCGAGCUCCGUCCGGGUGCUGUCACGUGCCGUAGCGCGUGCCCUCUCGACGGCGGCGCCGACGCCAUCGACCUUCCCUCUGAAAACCGUGACCAGGUCCAACUUCGAGCCCGUGCUCGAGUCGCUGAGGGACCAUGUCCGGUCGGCGGAUUUCGUCGCGGUGGACCUCGAGAUGACGGGCGUCACGAGCGCGCCUUGGCGGGAGUCCUUCGAGUUCGACAGGCACGACGUCAGGUACCUCAAGGUCAAGGACUCGGCGGAGAAGUUCGCCGUCGUCCAGUUCGGCGUCUGUCCAUUUCGCUGGGACUCCGAGAAGCUUUCCUUCACUGCUCACCCGCAUAACUUCUAUGUCUUUCCGAGGCAAGAGCUCUCCGUUCGUGGGUCAUCUAGUGAAUUCCUCUGUCAGACUUCUUCGAUUGACUUCUUGGCGAGAUAUCAGUUCGAUUUUAACCUGUGUAUACGUGAAGGAAUAUGUUAUUUAUCCAGAGAUCAAGAGAAUGAAUUAUUCCGGCGGUUCAAUGAGUCAUCAAAUUUGCCUCGAGACUUAGUGGACUUUGGAGACAGACCUUUGGUUAAUAUGGCGGACGUUUUCUUCACUGAGAGAAUGAAAAUUAAGUUCAAGGAUUGGCGUGAUUCAUUAGUAUUGGGUGGAAGUUCCAUAUCUGAGUCUCAAGAAAGCUCAAGUGGUUCGAACCAGCAAUUUCAGACCAUAUUCUAUAAUAUGCGUCCUGCUCUCAGCCUUAUUGGAUUUACUGCUCAUCAGCUCCGGUUGAUUCAGCUGGUUACGAGUAAGCAUUUUGACGAUCUCGCCUAUGUGAGUGUGAAUUCUGGAGGUUCUCAUGUUCAACAGCUUGUUAUUUAUAUAGACUCCAAUGCUGACAAGGACCUCCUUCUGAAAGAGGUGAAGGAAGAGAACCACAGAGGAGCAGAGUCAAAGAUCAAAGCAGCAGUUGGGUUUCGUCAUGUUAUCGACUUAUUAUCCUCAGAAAAGAAGCUGAUAGUUGGUCAUAAUUGCUUCCUAGAUAUGGCACACAUACAAAGCAAAUUCUUGGGCCCUCUUCCCAAGGCUGCAGAAGAAUUUGCCGCCUCAGCCAAGAAGCACUUCCCCCAUAUCAUCGACACCAAAGUUCUCUUGAAUUCCAAUGAAAUGCUUCAGCGUCAAAUGAAGAAAUCAAGCACAUCGCUGUCCUCAGCCUUUGCCUUGUUUUGCCCUCAAAUAGCACUUGGCUACAAAACCCCAGACUUGAGCCUCGCGUCACGUGUGAAAGUGGAGGUUCAAGUGGAUGAUAUAAGGGCAUCCAGCUGGGACAUGGGAGUCAAGCACGAAGCUGGGUUCGAUGCUUUCAUGACAGGUUGCAUCUUUGCUCAGGCAUGUACUCAUCUUGGCAUUGAUUUUAAACUACGCUCUCCAUUAGAAGAUUUGGCCCAUAACAAAUUGCUCCAAGGACACCUCAACCAUUUAUAUCUUAGUUGGACUAGUGGAGACAUUAUCAAUUUGACCACCGGUAACAUUACUGGCAAGUCUCUCGGGGCGAAUGACUCAAAGAAGCGAUCCCGAAAAAUUGUAUUCGAAAAUAUAGUUCUCCUUUGGGGCUUUCCCUCCAAACUUAGGGCGGGAGAGAUAAGAGAGUGUAUUGUGAAAGUCUUCGGCUACAGCUCGGUGACUUCAGUCUACCAGUUAGAUAGGACUGCUGUGUUCGUUCAGUUCUCAAAGGCAGGACUGGUCUCGGAUUUUCUAGUCCUGAAGGAAACCUUGGAGAGGAAUAACAACACGGUCUCGGUACUGAACCCUCUGUGGAAGCUGCUGGAAGGUGGGAAGACUCGUGCGGCUAAUUAUGAGGCUUACAAAGAAAUCUGCAGCUCGCCUCUAUCAAAGAUCUCAUUUGCAGAUCAGGCUGAGGCAGUCGGGAUCAAUUGGAAGGUAAAAUCAGCAGAAUUGGAAGUAGCAGAAGAGAGGCCGAGCCGAGAAGAUGAGCCUUCCCAUGGAAGUUUCUCGGUGAAUGAGAUUAUCGAUUCGUUUUACACUCCUGUAGUUGAAAAACAGGUUGGAAGUGGUAACUUGUAAUCCACUCCAUGCUUUAUGAUGAAGUUACAAAAAGAUAAGGUGAUUUAGUUCAUUUCUCUUGUGCA